CCCCCGCCUUGGUUGGAUGAUGUUCCGGAACCCGAGAUGCGUAGCCUAGGUGCCGCUGUGCACGGGUUAUGGAAGACGUUGUGCCGCCAGGUUUCUGCAUCAGUGAUUGACAACACGGACCAGCACACGCUCCUACCGCUGCCUUAUGCUUUCAUUAUUCCCGGUGACCGCUUUCGCGAAUGCUACAACUGGGAUUCGUACUGGAUUAUUCGAGGCCUCCUAGCGUGCGACCUAGUCCUGGCCGCUGAGCACUUGGUACGCAACCUCCUCCACCUCGUCGAUGUCUGGGGCUUCGUACCUAACGGCGCACGCCGUUACUACACUAACCGUAGCCAGCCGCCACUGCUGAGCGCCAUGGUGCUGGCUGUAUGGAGCAGUAGUAACGACGACAGCCUGCUGCAUGACGCCCUGCCGCAGCUCGUCAGGCAGCAUCGCUACUGGAACACGGGAAACAAGGCUCUCAGAAUUCGUAACGCCGUCGAGGUGGUCACGUUAAGCCGCUACCACGCUGAGCUCUACACUCCUCGGCCCGAGAGCUUUAGGGAGGAUAUGCAACUAGCGGCUAAGGCCAGUGUUAGUGGACGAGAGGCUGCGGCCCUGUUUUGUGACAUCGCAAGCGCGGCUGAAUCUGGAUGGGACUUCAGCAGCCGGUGGUUAGUGGGCGGAGAAAGCCUGCAACACACGCGGACGACGCGGAUUGUGCCCGCGGACCUGAACGCGUGGCUUUACCGGAUGGAGAAGGAUAUCGCCGCGAUCGCUGCCCACCUAGGGGACACACAGCUCCGCGACGAAUACACAGCACGAGCGGCAACGCGCUUGCAAGCUAUCAACACCUUAAUGUGGAGCUCCGCGGACGGCUGCUGGCACGACCUUAUCCUACGAAACGCCUCCGACACGCCGAACGCCCCCUGUUCAGAGCAGCUUUCAUCCACUAAAAUUCAGCCUCUUUCCCAAAAUGACACCGGCGCCGACUCCCCUUCAUAUCCUGUGUACGACGUGGAGCAGCGACUCGGCACCUACGUGUCCAACUGGGUGCCGCUAUGGUGUGGAUGUGCUGAGGCCGGCAGUGCUCGCGCGGAGGCCGCUGUGUCUGGGCUAAAGGCGUCCAGCCUUGUGCAGCUUGGCGGCCUGCUGACAUCAAUCUACCGUUCUGGGGAGCAGUGGGACGCACCCAACGCCUGGCCGCCCCUAGUUCAUAUGGUUAUUGAGGCGGCGGCAGCGUCGGGUAUCGCCGAUGGCAGGGCCCUUGCUGACCAGCUGACUGACAGCUGGUUGCACUCAAACUUAACGGCAUGGAAAGCCACCGGGCACAUGCACGAGAAGUACGACGGGUACGUGCUUGGUGGAGUGGGGCGCGGUGGGGAAUAUGAGCCCCAGGUUGGAUUUGGCUGGAGCAACGGCGUGCUAAUGGCGCUUAUGCAGCAGAAGUAUCACAAUGCCGCGCAACAGCUGUGAAGUCACAGUACGCCAGGCAACUGCAAAAUGGUGAUCAUUGCAUGAUAAAUUUUUUAAAACCGAUAUGUGUAGCUGUUUCAGGAUGCGCUCCCUGGCGGUUGACGAGGUAUAGUGACAGCUGCAGGAUUGGGUACGUGACCCCUCAUGCACCGGCAUGCAUAACCUGUGAAAGCUUGUGCAGGAUGUGACAGCUUGUGCUAACCGGAUGCUUAUCGGGUAGCAUAGUGGAUAGUGUUUGCAUUACAUCGCGUUAUGGAUUGGGUUUGCAUUACCAAUGAGCAAGGUGUCCAUCGAAAUAACGAGGUGCACGGUGUCGGGGUCCCAUGGAAUCCCGACGACGUGUUCAUAUUUCACUAGUAUCAUUUUGGGACUCUCAGAUUUGGACACGCCUGAAUCUCCUGUGAAACUGUGGGAUCAUUUACUUCUAUUUCAGUUUUGUGAUUUCGUGGGAUUUCCACAACUUCAGAUUUUGUGAUCCCAUGGGGUUUCC